AUGCCGAAGAAAGAAAGCCGCGGUGAUUGGGUCGCCGUCGCUCCACAGUUUUCCGGCGCGUCGUCUGCCGUUACCACGCAACAGGAGAUCCGGAAACCCCAAUCGGCCUACCAGUACUUCCAAAAAUCCGUAGCGGACGAGAUCAAAGCCACUUUUGCCGGUCGCAAGUUUGACAUUGCCGAAUUUGGACGCUCCGUGCGUUCUCGCUGGGAAGCACUGUCGGAGGAUGCGAGAGCGCCCUAUGAACAACAGGCUCGAGAAGACGGCUUCCGCUACGCGCAAGAAUCACACCAAGCCGACGUCGCGACUAUCGAACGUCGAGAACAGCUGCAACGAGAACAUAACCGUCUGUUGUUGGAUACGGAUGGUGGGGACCAGCGGGUCACACGCAAAGGAUUGGCCAAGAAGGAACGACGGCGUUUGAAGAAGAAAAACAAGAAAACGCGACCAUCGGACGGUCAGGACUUUGUCGAAGAUGAUGAGGAUAACGAAUCCAACGCGGACUCAUGGGAGGACGAAUUGUCGGAUAGUGAAGACGAGGACAACGUCGAAUCUAAGAAAAAGGCGCAAAGUGUGCCUCGUGUCUUUACUGAAAAGCAGCGGGAAUACCGGGAACAGAAACAACAGGAAAAGGCACAGAAGGAAGCCUACAUUGUUGCUCGUCAACAGGACUUGCGACACGAGAAAGCUUCCCAGGCCAAAAAACGGCUCGACUUUUUGCUCCAACAGAGCAAUAUCUUUCAGCACUUUGGUCUCGUGAAGGAAGACUCCGCCCGAUACGGAACCCGUGUAACAAUGACGACGACUGAUGCGGAAAAUACGCAACGGGAAUCGGCAUCUACACGUCACGGACAAGACCACAUGGACCCGGACGUGGACGAUGCGGCAGCCCUCGAAGAAGCGGAUGAACACGCAGCAACCUACUUGCGAACUCAGCCGAGCACACUGGCUUUUGGGAAAAUGCGUCCUUAUCAAUUAGAAGGUUUAAAUUGGAUGAUUCGCCUGCAGGAAAAUGGAGUGAACGGAAUUCUAGCGGACGAAAUGGGCCUAGGUAAAACUCUUCAGAGUAUUUCCAUCCUUGUGUACAUGUUGGAGUUUCAGAACGUGAGCGGGCCACAUUUGAUUCUGGUACCAAAGAGUACCCUAAGUAACUGGAUGAACGAGAUCGCCCGGUGGGCACCGACACUCAAAGCUAUACGCUUUCAUGGUGACAAGGUGACUCGCGAAGAAAUCAUUCGAAGUAAGCUCGAACCGGCUAUGCGUGAUGAGGAUCGUGAAUGGAAUGUCGUUGUGACGACGUACGAGAUUUGCAAUAUUGAAAAGAAUACUCUGAACAAAUUUGCAUGGAGCUAUCUGAUUAUUGACGAGGCACACCGUCUUAAAAACGAGGCAUCGGCCUUUUCGAAAACAGUCCGACUGUUCGAGACGCGCUACCGUGUCUUAUUGACCGGAACUCCUUUACAGAACUCGUUGCAUGAGUUGUGGGCACUACUCAAUUUUCUGGUGCCCGAUGUUUUUGAAAGUGCCGAGCAGUUCGAUGAAUGGUUCAACCUUGACAUUGAAGACAACGAUGAAAAGAAUAAGCUUAUCUCACAGUUACACAAAAUUUUGCGGCCUUUCAUGCUGCGGCGUCUCAAGGCGGAUGUUGAAAAGAGCCUACCACCUAAGCACGAAACGAUUCUCUUCACCGGAAUGAGUGCCAUGCAGAAGAAAUUAUACCGCGACAUUCUUAUUCGCGAUAUUGAUGCCGUCCAGGGGACCUCAGGGAGCCGGACAGCGAUACUUAAUAUCGUUAUGCAACUACGCAAGUGUGCCGGACAUCCGUAUUUGUUCCCAGGUACAGAAGAUAGGUCUUUACCUCCCUUGGGUGAACAUUUGGUGGAAAACUGCGGAAAGAUGGUUGUGCUGGACAAGCUCUUGAAGCGCUUACACGAACGAGGACAUCGUGUAUUGCUAUUUACCCAGAUGACUCGAGUUUUGGACAUUAUGGAGGACUACCUCGUCAUGCGUCGCUUUCCCUACUGUCGUAUCGAUGGUAAUACCAGCUACGAGCAGCGUGAAGAGUAUAUCGAUGCGUACAAUGCGCCAAACUCGGAAAAAUUUAUUUUCUUGCUUUCAACGCGUGCAGGAGGGUUAGGUAUCAAUUUACAGACGGCCGACGUAGUCAUUUUGUACGAUUCAGACUGGAACCCUCAGGCAGAUCUACAAGCCCAGGAUCGAGCACAUCGUAUCGGUCAGAAACGCGCUGUCCAGGUCUUUCGUCUUGUUACAGAGCACACUGUGGAAGAGAAGAUUGUGGAGCGCGCACAGCAGAAGCUCAAGCUUGAUGCUAUGGUCGUCCAGCAGGGGCGUCUGAAAGACAAGGACAAGCUUUCUCAUGAAGAGCUGCUGGCAGCUGUUCGAUUUGGAGCGGACAAAAUUUUCAAAAGCAAAGAUUCCUCGAUUACAGAUGAUGACAUUGAUCUUGUUCUGGACCAAGGGAAACAAAAGACCCAGGAAUUAAACGACAAGCUAAAGGCUGCAGACAAGGGAGAUCUUUUGGAUUUCAAACUCGACGGUUCAUCGGUUCAGACGUUUGAAGGUGUUGACUACUCAACAAGUGCCUUGGCCCAGGCUAAGUCGCAGGCUGAGAUGCUGGGCAUCUUUGACUUGGGAAAACGUGAAAGGAAAGAGGCAAACUACAACGAGAACUCAUUAUACCAACGACAGAUUGCCGCGCUCCAAGGUGUCAAGGAAAUUAAGAAAAAGAAAGACAUCCGCCUGCCGAAGCACUUGCGACUACCUCGAAUGGAAGAGUGGCAAAUGUAUGAUCGAGAGAAGCUCCAAGAGAUUCAGGAAGAGGAAGAAAGUGCAUUCAAAGCUUUGCCUGAGGAGCUACAGAAAUUAGCGACGAUGAAGCGGGUUGAGCAAGUUGAAGAAGCUGAAAUAGAACCAGAGCCACAACUACCGUUUGAGUUGCCACCACUUUUGACCGAAGAACGACAAGCAGAGAAAGAGCGCUUGCUAGCUGAAGGUUUCUCGGACUGGAAUCGUUUCCACUACCAAGCUUUCUGGAGGGCAAGCGCCCGUCAUGGCCGCAGGCAAGUAGAAAAGAUCGCACUAGAGGUUGGUAAAGACGACCAGCAAGUAGCCCGAUUCCUAUCAUCGUUUUGGGGGGAGGUUGGCAAAAACAGAAUCGCCGAGCAUGAGUACGAACGAGUUGUUAAAUUUGUCGAGCGAGGAGAGAAAAAAAUUGGAGAGAUCAAAGGCCUAGAACGAGGAACACGGAUUCUCGUCGGCAUCUUUGACAACCCUUGGGAAGAACUCGAGUUUACGCACAUAAAUUGCAAGGACAAGCUCUUCACCAUUGAGGAAGACAGACACUUGUUGUGCUGGACUAGGAAGUAUGGAUAUGGUCACUGGCAAGCUAUAAAGAACGCGGUUCGUCGGAAUCCCAACUUCCGAUUUGAUUAUUUUUUGCGGAGUCUCCCGGUCGAGCUUCUUGGAAAGAGAUGCGAGCAGCUGAUGAAAGCAGCCGAAAAGGAAGUUGAGCAAAUCGAGAGUCAUCUUCGCGAAGCCUUAGGGCUACCAACAGAAGCAAUAGAGGGACAGGAACCUACUCCCAUCGAAAUUCCCAAAUUCCAUGAGCUCCAACGACAAAUGAACGAAGCCAGAAAAGCUAAGGCAGCUAUUGAGAGGAAGCAACUCGAAUGUAAAGUCUACCAACUGGAAGAGGAAAUGCGCGUCGUUCAAGAUCGUCUCAAUGCUCUCAACAGAGGGGUGAACGCGGCUCCUAUGGUAAGGGAGGUUUCCGCACAAUCCGAAAAAGAAAAUGAUACCAGAACUGUACCUAGUUCAUCGGAUUCCUUGGAUCAAGGAAGCUCGGGUGAUAAGCAAGAGGAUGGGGCAGUUGCUCCAGAUGGAUCUUUUCUUGCUUUUCCUGUCUAUGACGGUAGCGAGCUACCGGACGAAUGGAAGAAACCAUUUACACACUUUUGCAUCCAGACCCGACGAGAAAUAAAAUCGACACUGAGUCCCUCUGAAAAAAAGAACAAAAAACGUGUGAAUGAACUUCUAAAAGAGCGCUGGAUCCAUCUCUCAGAAGACAACAAGGCUAUCUGGAGAGAGUGGUGUGAGUGGGAUAAGAAACGAUAUGCCUACCAUCUGGAAAUAUAUCGAGCUCGCCGGGGCGAGAGCGCUGAUCUGGAAGUAUCUAACAAAUUCGAAGAAGAUGGCGUUCAAAGCGUUCAUGUCCCCAAGAAAAGAAAAUCUACCAUAGGCGGCGCAAUUCCAAAAAAGAUAAAAAAGGAUACGUGAUUCCGCAUGUCUGCGAUUCAGCCCGGCCUCUAUGUUUUCUUUCAUUAACCAACAAUGUUUUAUAACUAUUUUUAUUGGUCC